CAUCUCUUCUUUGUUCCGAAAGGAAAAUAAAAACAGAUCAUAGGCAAGACAUGACAUCACAGAUGAUCGAAAAGCACAGAGAGAACGCGGUGAUCUACCAUGGCGAAGCCCUCUGCAAGGAAAAAUCGAUUGAGAUAUUAUCGGAGAUAGAGCUUCCCAAAGGUCUUCUCCCACUGAAAGACAUGGAAGAAGUGGGCUACAACAGAGAAUCUGGUUUCGUGUGGCUGAAGCAAAAGAAAGCUUUGGAACAUGUCUUCCGCAAAGUGGGUAAGAAGGUCUCUUACGCAACAGAGAUCACAGUUUUUGUUGAACCCAGGAGAUUAAAGAAGAUAAGUGGAGUGAAGACCAAGGAACUCUUUCUCUGGGUUUCUUUGUCUGAUAUCUAUAUCGAUGAUCCUUCUUCUGGGAAGAUCACUUUCAUGACUCCAGCUGGACUGUCAAAGUCGCUUCCGGUUUCUGCGUUUGAGCUUGAAGAAGAAGGAAAAUAAAAUUAGAAUCAAAGUUUCAAUCAAGUAAUCGAAAUACUCUUUCCUUUAUCUGGGAAAGCCAGGUGAAAUAAAAUUCUUGGGUUUGUCUUUUUUAAUGAGAAUUUGUGAUUCCAUACCUCUACAAAUCUGAAUUAUGAAUGGAUUUUCAGUUUUCUC